UAAUAAGCCACAACACAGAAGAUUAUUUGAUCAUGUAAUUGGAGAACUGAGAGAGAAAGCCACAAACAUACUUAGGUAUCUCGAAAGAGGAAACCCAGAAUUUAUCUAUUGUUCGAGUCAGUUUUCUGAGGCCCAAAACUCAAAUCCAUUAAACCAGAAACAGUCCAUUAAGCAAAUCCAGAAACACUUGCCCUAAAUCCUCCAUAUAAAAACCCCAUAUCAAUUCAUUUCGCAUUUCGUACCCACAGAAACCCUAAUCUCUCCGCACUGCGUUCCCCAUUUCCGCCUCCUUCAACCAUGUCUUCCACAACCGCCGCUGCCCGACCUCUGGUCACAAUCCAAACCCUAGAAUCCGACAUGGCUACCGAUGCUUCUACCACCGUCGCUCUCCCUGAUACCAUGAAAGCUCCCCUACGUCCUGACAUCGUUACUUUCGUUCACUCCCAGAUGAGCAACAAUUCCCGUCAACCUUACGCCGUUUCCAAGAAAGCUGGUCAUCAAACAUCUGCUGAAUCAUGGGGAACAGGACGUGCAGUUUCUCGUAUCCCCCGUGUUCCCGGUGGUGGUACUCACCGUGCUGGUCAGGGAGCUUUCGGUAACAUGUGUCGUGGUGGGCGUAUGUUUGCUCCUACUAAGAUCUGGAGAAAAUGGCACCGUGCUAUUAAUGUCAAUCAAAAACGAUACGCUGUCGUUUCUGCCAUUGCUGCUACUGCUAUUCCUUCCCUUGUUCUUGCAAGGGGUCAUAAGAUUGAGUCUGUUCCUGAACUUCCUCUUGUUGUUUCCGACACUAUUGAAAGUGUUGAGAAGACAUCAUCUGCUUUGAAGGUUUUGAAAUCAAUAGGCGCUUUGGAUGAUGUUGAAAAGGCGAAGAAAUCGAUCGCGAUCCGUGCAGGGAAAGGAAAGAUGAGGAAUAGGAGGUACAUUUCCAGGAAAGGACCAUUGCUUGUUUACGCAACUGAAGGUUCUAAGUUGGUGAAGGCCUUUAGAAAUAUCCCUGGCGUGGAAAUCUGUCAUGUGGAUAGGUUGAACUUGCUGAAGCUUGCUCCAGGAGGUCAUUUGGGUAGAUUUGUGAUUUGGAGUAAGAGUGCGUUUGAGAUGCUUGAUUCCAUUUACGGGUGCUUCGAUAAGGUUUCUGAGAUGAAGCGGAAGUAUGUUUUGCCGAGGCCUAAAAUGUUGAAUGGGGAUCUUGCUAGGAUUAUCAACUCUGAUGAAAUUCAGUCUGUUGUUAAGCCUAUUAAGAAGGAUGUUUCAAGGGCUCCAUUAAAGAAGAAUCCAUUGAAGAAUCUCAAUGUUAUGUUGAAGUUGAACCCGUAUGCCAAGACCGCAAGGAGGAUGGCUUUGUUGGCUGAAAAUGAAAGAGUUGCUGCUAAGGAGAACAAGCUUCAAAAGAAGAGGAAGGUUCUUUCUAAGGAGGAGCGUGCUAAAAUCAAGGCUUCUGGACGUGCUUUCUACCAGACUAUGAUCUCAGAUUCCGACUACACAGAGUUUGAGAACUUCUCAAAAUGGCUCGGUGCUUCCCAGUAAUUUGAAUCAUCGUCGUAGAUAAGUUUUGUUAGACAAAUUUCUUAAGGCUUGUUGCAAUCUUUUUUACUUUGGUCUUGUGAAGACACUUCAAUUUUAAGAGUUAUUGCACUCCACCCUCGUCUUCAAGUUUGUGACAAUAGUCAUAGCUAAAAGGCUUUUCGUCAGACAUUAUUAUUUGUUUUUUGUUAUGAUAUGGAUUUUUGCCCCAUCAA